AUGCUUGCAGUGGACGCCCUGGCCAACCCACUCGAUCUGACUGGGCGCGUCGCGCUCGUCACCGGCGGAAGCGGCGGUAUCGGCCGGGCGAUCGUGUCGCUCUUUCUCCAGCGAGGCGCAAAGGUCGCUACGACCUUCGUUCCCGGCGUCGAGGACGCCCAGAAGCUUCAUGAGACGUUCGGCUCGCCGGCCAGCCUGACCUUCCACCCGCUCGACCUGCGGAGCGCAGACUCCAUCCAAGCAUGCCUCGACUCGGCGCUAGAGGAGGAUGGUCGCCUGGACAUCCUCGUGAACAAUGCUGCCGUUGGCUCAGCUACAGUGGCUGCGUGGACGGACAGCGUGGCAGCCCAGGAUGCAGCAAUGCUCGCCAUCAACGCCGAUGGAACGCUGAAGGCGUGCCAGCACUUCCUCACCCUCCCGCACUCCGGCGACUUUCCAAGGAAACUCAUCAACAUCAGCAGUGUUGGGGGAGGUAUCGCCAUCUUCCCCGGCUUCAGGCUGAGUGACGGCAUGUCUAAGGCUGCCGUUGCCUUCCUGACGCGCCAGCUCGGCGCCGAGUGCUGCCACAAAGCCGUCGACGUGUUCGCCGUCUGUCCUGGAGCCACGAACACGGAGAUGUUCCGCCAAUCGACGCUCAACCCCAUGAGCGAGCAGCAGAGGACGGACUUCCUGAAGGCUUUGCCGAAGGGACGCCUGAUUGAGCCCGGGGAGAUUGCGGCCAUCGUCAAUUUCCUCGCUGGAAGCGCGAGCACGGUUAUGAACGGAGCGGUCAUUGAUGCGUCUAUGGGUCUCGGAGUCAGGCCGGGUAUCAUGACGGAGAUGGAGCAUUAG